AUGGCUGGUAUAAAAGCUCUGAUUAGCCUUUCCUUUGGAGGAGCCAUUGGCCUUAUGUUUCUGAUGUUGGGCUGUGCUUUGCCAGUCUAUAAUGAAUACUGGCCUCUGUUCUUACUGUUUUUCUACAUCCUGUGUCCCAUCCCGUAUUGCAUCUCGCGGCGGGUGGUGGAUGACACAGACUCGGCUAGUAAUGCCUGUAAAGAAUUGGCGAUAUUCCUUACCACUGGAAUUGUGGUGUCAGCCUUUGGCCUGCCUAUCAUCUUUGCCCGUGCAAGCGUGAUCCAGUGGGGGGCCUGUGCACUUGUCCUAACAGGAAAUGUUGUCAUAUUUGCCACCAUUUUGGGAUUCUUUGUGGUCUUUGGCUCAAACGACGACUUCAGUUGGCAGCAGUGGUAAACGGGAGUGGCUCAGCUUGCAUCUGAACUGUUUUUAUUACUUGCAUCAUUACUAUGACUAUUGUUAUUGUUACUAUUAUUAUUGUUGUCGUUGGUGUUAUUUAUAAGACCGCCCAUCCAUAGUCGCAGAAAAUCGGUGCAAUAAUCUGUUUAACUGUCAUGAAAAGUGUCAAACUGACUUCAGAAGGACUCUUAUACGAAAGUCUAUUUUUUAAUUUAUUUAUGUUCAAUAUUUUGCUCUAUCGUUUUCAUUUCAUUUUUAAGCUUUCUGUGUGUUCAGGUGGAACACAGUCAAGAUUAGGCUUUUGCACUGUUACAUGAGAGUACUCUUAACACUCACAGUGGACAUAAUGGAUUGACAAACCCUAAGAAAAAUGCUAUUCUGGUCACAACAGUAUGUGGCUUCAGCUUCAGAGGGGGUUCUCUGUAACUCAAAAUGAGUUUGCACUGUAGCGUAAUGAGCAAAAGCAGAUAAAAAUGAAUCAAAUUAUCUCUGGUCUCCCACUUUCUCACUGCUGGCUGUAUAAGAAGCAUGCAGUCAUUGCUGAAUCGCUCCAUAUGACUAAUUGGCUGUUGAGUAGAGUAAAACAGUGCUUUCUCUCCUACAGUAAGACAUAAAUGAGAAUAUUACAAACUGGCUUUAAUAUUGUGUUUGAGGACACAUUUAGAAAAUCAGCAUCUAUGAUCCUGAAAUGCUGAUAUCGGAAGACAUAGGUAUGCUCCAUAUUAUUUUAUAUACAGAUUUCAUUUAUCAAUGUCGAACACACUGUAUACGUUCACCCUCCCAGGAUGGAAGAUCUUAGCUCGUCGCUGUAGAAAAUCAUUGCAGGUUCUGUACUUUGUAAUGUGUCCUAUAUUUGCAUACGCAAAUAGGUCUGUGAGAGGUCACGCAUUCACUCCACGAACCUCCGCUGAAAACCGUAUACUGGUGGAAGCUCUGCCUCUCUGCUACGUCGAUGGAUUAAUGCUGGUGUUCUCUAGCCAUCGUUUCUCAACUACUUCUACCUUUUGCACACUUCUCAAACCUUAUCAUGUCAGACAGUACACCAUUCUCUUGGCUGCAGACAGCAAGUAAUAACACAAUGAUCCAAUUGUUCUAAAUGUCCUUUCUUUCAAUGAAAUUUGAUGAUUUCAUGAAGUUUAUUGUUUUUCUUUUAUUUUAAGAGAAGUUUCAGGCAUUUGAUAUUUUUAGGGAUUGUUUUUACUACGGCACAGCUGACGUUUUGCCUGCCUGCUGGCUCCCCAGUGUGCUAUGGUACGCUUGUUUUCGGAAGUGCUGCUUCGGUGAUCUACAGUGUCUGGUUUUGGCCUAGUUCCUAGUCGCCUUAGUCUCUCUUCUUCUUUUUUUUUCUUUUCUUUUUUUUUUUUUACAUCAUCUGCACUUCUCUGGAAGUGAAAGACACACAAAUGUGUCAGAACCUUUCUGA